AUCCAUCCAACUCACAUAUGUUCUCUCUUGAUUUCUCUUCACUCUCUUUGUUUUGUGUCUAUCUCAAGUGUAGGAUUAAUGGAUGAGGGUUCUAAGUAUCACCAUAUAGCAAAAUUAUGUGCAUUUGCAUGUUUAUUUCUAUUGUUGGAAGUGAAUGCUUUAUUGAAUGAUCAAGAUUAUAUAUCAGCCAUUGGAGAUCCUGGUAUGAAAAGAGAUGGCUUGAGAGUUGCUAUUGAGUCAUGGAAUCAAUGCAAUGAGGUUGGAAAAGAAGCACCAAACAUGGGAAGUCCAAGAAUGGCUGAUUGCUUUGAUGUCAAAUACGGUAAACAUCAAACAGAAAAUAUGAAAUUAGUUCACAAGGUGCAAGAAUGGGAGAACAGGUUAGGCAUAUCAAGCAAUAAUAAUGAACUCCUUUUGAAGACAGAAAAUGCAGACAUUUAUGCACCUAGGAAGGAGUUAUACUUAGGUAAAAAAUGUGAGGUUUUAGAUACUCCAAGACCAUGGCAAUUUUGGAUGAUAAUGCUAAAAAGUGGAAACAUGGAUACUUUAGCUGCAAUUUGUCCAAAAAAUGGCUUCAAAGCUGAGCCAUUUCCACAACAUGAUUUUCCUUGCUUUGGAGAAGGGUGUAUGAAUAUGCCAUCAAUGUACCAUAAUUAUACACAAGUGUAUGGUAUGGAGAAGAUCAUGAGAGGAAUUUUCUAUGGUUCAUGGGAUUUGAAUGCUACUAAUGAUGCAAAUUUAGGUUAUAUGAAUGAUACUUCUUAUUACUCUGUGACUUGGGAGAAGGAAGUUGGUAAUGGAAGUUGGAUUUUUCACCAUGUGUUGAAGACUUCUUCUAAAUAUCCUUGGUUAAUGCUUUAUCUUAGAUCAGAUGCUACUACAGGAUUCUCUGGUGGUUACCAUUAUGAAACUAGAGGCAUGACAAAAAUUGUACCAAAGUCACCACAUUUUAAGGUAAGAUUCACACUUGAUAUCAAGAAAGGAGGGGGUCCAAGGAGCCAAUUCUACCUCAUGGACAUGGGAAGUUGUUGGAAGAACAAUGGAAAGCCGUGCGAUGGGGAUGUCACAUCUGAUGUAACCAGAUACAGUGAAAUGGACAUAAACCCGGAAGCUGAACCGUCGUGCAAACCCAACCAUCUUGAACAAUGUCCUCCUUAUCAUACCUUCUCAAAUGGCACCCGAGUUCACAGAACCGAUGCGACCAAGUUCCCCUAUGAUGCGUACCUUCUCUAUCGUGCUCCAGGAAAUGCAAUGUACUUGGAGAAACCGGUGAUACCAUCCGAUCCGUAUAGCAACCCGCAGCCUCAAGAGAUACUCCAAAUUUUGCCGCACCCGGUUUGGGGCGAAUACGGAUAUCCAACAAAGAAAGGUGAAGGAUGGAUUGGUGAUCCAAGAACUUGGGAGCUUGAUGUUGGAAGACUCUCUCAAUCUCUCUAUUUCUAUCAGGAUCCAGGUACUGAACCUGUGGAGAGACACUGGCCAUCAAUUGACUUAGGGACUGAAAUAUACAUUAGUGGUGGGCAACUAGCAGAAUGGACAGUUAGCAACUUUGAUAUUAUCAUCCCAAAAGAGUAUGCUUAUUGAAAUUUCAAGAUUAAUUACACGUUUAGCUCAGCAACACUGCAGCUUUGUAGCUUGUGAGAUUUACUUAUUAGUCAAUUUUAUAAUGGCUAAGUUCACCUAUUGUCAUGUUUUAGAGCAAGUGUAUGAUAGCCAUAGCAACAUAUCCUUCACAAUUUAAGGAUCAAAUGUUGUAGAAAGUUGAAAUAGAAUUCAUUUACAAUUUUAGGUUCUCCUUUUACCAUGGAUAAUUUAUGCAUCAAAAGAUGGAGAGAAACAAUCAAAUUUUUUAUUAAUUAAUUAAAUGAUGUACAUAUAAUUACAAGGAUGACAUUAUGAAAGCAGAAAUAGAAAGGAAAAAAAAAA